AUGAUCACCUUCGAGAUCGCCGUCGUCAUUUUCCUCGGCCUGGUUCGAUGCGGCCUGGCCAAUGACCAAGGCUACUGGACAUCCGAACAGACAACAACGGCAUGGUGGACGCCGACCACGACCUCGUACUGGGAAUACUGGACGCCAUCGACGACUUACACGACAUGCUACACGCAAGAAAACGUGGUAGUGACCGUCACCUCGGUAAUUCCAUGUCCGGUGACCUCGACGAUCGUCUACUGGGAGUGCUGCGACCAAUGUGCCACCGACUGCAAUUACCCCCCUACCACGACGUACGACUACGGCGUUGGCACCACGACCGUGACGUCGUAUACUACCACAACACCCGCGGCGGCCGGAUUGCAGACCAUCACCAGCAACGGCAUGGUCAUUGUCGUUGUAGACACCUCCACUGCGGCCACGGUGCCCUCACAGACAGCCAGCGUCGUGUACCAGGUCGUCAGUGACGCACAGGAGGGAAGCCCAAGUUCGAGUCUGUGGUCCGUCGGCAUGUUUUUGGCCGCCGUUGCCACCAUUAUGAUCUUGUUAUGA